GCGGCGUCGCGUCGCCUCAGCUCGGCUAACGGUCGAGUCGCGGACGCCAACACGCUCCAGAACCCCGUCGUCGUCUAGCGGUGCUGAGUUAUCAGCCGUCGUCGUCGUCGUCGUCGUCCUCCUCCAAUCCGAACAUGGACCGCAGCGGCCGGACUUGAGAGCGUCUUCCUUUCGUGUGCGUUCUUCGCCUCCCGGGAAGAGAAGAGACAUGGCCCGCGCGCUGGUUCUGAUCCACUCGGCGCUCCUGUUGCUGUUCGGGAGCGACGUGUUCCUGGUGCGGGCAAACCGGCCGCCGCCUCCCGUCAACGUGUCCGUCGUGCACCUUCGCGCUGACUCGGCGACCGUUUCCCGGGAGGUCCCCGAGGGAGAUGUCGUCAUCGGCUUCUCGCUCUCACAGCAAAAACAGGACGGACACACGCGGCGUUUCAUCCGGGAGGUGAACACCACCGGUCGAUCUUGCGUCCUGUGGGGCCUGGAGGAGGAGACGGACUACGUGGUCCAGGUGCGGUCCGUCGGCCUCUACGGAGAAAGCCAAGCCGGCGAGAGAGUCCACUUUCGCACGCUCAAGAAGACGGACCGCUUUACCUCCGACACUUCCAAUCAAGAUGACCCGACGGCGCGGGGCCUGCAGAGGUCGCGACAUCCGCAGACGGGAGAGGUCGUCAUCAUAGCGGUGGUCUUGCUCAUGUGGGCAGCCGUCGUCGCCCUGUUCUGCCGCCAGUACGACAUCAUCGAGGACGACGACUCCGGCAACAGCAAGGAGAAGGGCGAGCCGCUGUCGCGGAGGAGCACGCCGGAGCGCCGCAGCGGAGGGCUGCUCAGGAGCAAGUUUCACGCGUCUGCGCCGUCCAUCAACGUCAUCGAAGUUUGACGACGAGAAGAAAGCCAAGCGGGCUCUGCCGACCGGCCGCUUUAUCGGGCACGCCCGACGCCAUCGACUCGUAUCGACAUCGCUCCCGCCCGCCUCCCGUCGUCGAGACAGCUCAUGAAGCGUGAACAAAUUAGGGCAACAUUUCAUAAGACUUCAUUCUUGUCAGAUUCUUACUCGAUUCCUUUAUUAUUGUUCGACUUUUUAAUAAGAAAUGAUAACACGUUCCUUCAUUGUCCGUAACGCGGGUCGUGGGCGUGCCGGCACCGAUCCCGGCCGACUUCGGGUUCGAGGCGGGUACGCCCUGAACCGGUCGCAGGGCGCAUACAGACAAACAAGCGUUCGCACCUACGGGCAAUUUAGAGUCUUCAAUCAACGUAGCGCGCAUGUUUUGGGGAUGCGGGAGGAAAGCGGAGCCACGCGGGCGCGGGGACGACACGCAAAGUCCACACAGGCGGGGCCCGGGGAUUGAACCCGCAACCUCACAACUGUGAGGCGGACGUGCCAACCAGUCGGCCCCCGAAAACAACCAAAACAUUUCUCCAAAGCUCGACGACCUCCGCUCGAGUCGGUUUGGCUGCGUGCGAAUGUUAAUGAGGAGACGAAGUGACAUCAUCAUCAUCAUCAUCAUCAUCAUCAUCAAGACCCAAUUAUUUGGUGUCUCUCGCUCUCUUUUUUGUUUUUUUUCCCCCCAUCGAUACGAAUUCUAGCGAACUGCUGAACGUACGCGAGAGAGAGAGAUGCGCGUUGCCAUCCAAAAUGGACAAAACCGAACGUUUGCUUUUCAUCCUCACUUGUACAUUUCUUGACAAUUGCAUUCGGGCCAGUGCCAAAUCAAUUGUUUCCUCACUAUUAUUAGAAAUGACACGUGACGAUAUUUGACAUCUGCCGAGCGGGUCUCGCUCACGGCAGCCCGAGAUAAUUGACGGUCCGUUACCGUGGCAACACGCUGCCGAGAUACGACACGGCGAGCCAUUUUGUUUCCAAAAAGGUGAAUUAUUCGCUCAGAGGGCAUUUGAUGGACUUCGCGAGGGCUCGGUGACAAAACGUCUGUGAUUCGAAGGAAUACUUUUCCAUCAAAUUGGCAUUUCAAUUGGAGUCCUUUAAGUUUCAUUAUUUGUACAAAUCAUUUUAUUGUGCAUAAAUACGUAAGAAAGCAAAGACUUUGUCCAAACAACAUGCAGCAAAUAGAAGUCGUGAACAUGUCCGCACGUUUAUUUGUACAAAGUCAACUAAAACUUCACGCUGGGAUUGCGUUGAUGUACCGAAACGUCAAAAAUUCUAAUGGUCAGAAACAAAAUCUGGAAAUAAUAAUACAAGUUAAAAAAAAUCUAUUCAAAAAUUCAACUGUUAACGAAAGCGAUGUAUAAAUUAAUUGAAAGAAAUCUUUGAAAAUGGACCUAAUAGACCACUUUGAAGACCUCAUUGUCCUCGUUGUUUUUUCCAAUUGGAAAGAUAGGAGGUUGUAGCCCCCGAUUGGAAGGAAUACAUAUUAUUACAAUUAAAAUGCAUCAAUAAAUAAUUGUAGGACGAAAAGAAGGUUGUUGCCGGCUCGUGGUCCCGAUGGAGUCGCCAUCGGGGCGCGCCGUGGCGGCGUCGGCGUUCGUUUGAGUCGCUCCCCGCGUUUCCGCGCCGCGAGCGAGUCUUUCGCCCUCAAACGUCGCGGCGAGGAUCUCGUCAGGACUCAAAGCGGCAUCUGCGAAGACCGCUCAGGAGCCCGACUCCACCGUUCUGAUGGAAAUACAGGACACACUUUUAGCCUUCAAAGUUCAAGUUCGCAGAUGAUGAUGGCGAGGACGGCGGUAAAACAGAACGUUAAGGCUGCUGUUUUGGUUAGCCGCUGCGCUCAAACGGGCUGAGCAGGUGAGCGGCGACCACAUUUUGCGUGUGAACGUUUGAGACGAUGACGUUUACGCGGCGUCGUCUUACCCGAGACGUCGAUUUAAGGGCAAGGCGUUAGCUAGGGCUGCAACUUACCAUGACUGUAAUAAUCGAUUUAUCCGUGCAUUGUUUUCGGAAUAAUCGAUGAAUCAGAUACAUAUUUUUUCCAUCCCUUUAUUUAAAAACAGCGCAUGAAGUCAAAUUGAGAGUGCAGAAAAUGCACAACCAUAAAUUGAUUGAUGAUUGAGUUACUGGUUUGGUUCGUAACAGCCGUCAAGAAAUAAAUCGGCAAAAGGGUUGAUUGUUUUCCAAAGUAAAAGCAGAUGUUUCCAAAUGUCUUAAAGAUCAUCUGAAAUCAGACGACUUGAAGUUCAACAAUGUCUCUAAACGAUUACCGACAUCGAUUACCCAAAUAAAUGUCGAUUAAUCUGAUAGAUUGUCGCCAAAUAAUCAAUUCAUUGUUUCACCUCUCGCAUGGCAGCUUGACUGCCGAGUUUAAUUUGUUGCGUAACAAGCUGCAUUUGUAACAAAUCCAUUUUCCCAACUGAAAUUUGAUUCAUUUCUUCCCGCCCACCCCACCCAAAAAAAGAAAAACAAAAAAUGCAGCCAUUUUUUCUUCCAAUUUUUAUAGAAACAAAUGGCAAACUGCUUUUAGAAAGGGCAGCUACUGUACGGACUGGAUGUGCAUCUUUAAGGGGCGCGGCCUAGUCAGCGACGUCCUGAUCUGCGCUGGCCGGUGAGCGUCUGUGUGCGAGUUGUGGCUUACAGCGGCUCCGUGCGAGCGUUCUCAUUUUGCACGUUUAACUACUUGAACUCUAACUCCCGAACUCUAAAGUCCGACAUCUCGGCCGAGGUCGCGUCCGCCUUCCCCGCUCUCGAUCACACGGCGGCGCGUGCGAAAUUACACACGGUCGUGGCGUUAAAGACACGACGCGAACACAUCGCAGCGUCCGUGGUCCCGAGCUUCAUUUCUUUCAUCUGAAAAUGUUUUUCAAGCGAAGGAAGCGCGUCACACUCGAAGGUUACCUUGACAGCCGCUCGUCCGGGCCGUCGUCCGCAUCCCGCAGGGACGCAAAACACAAAUCGGUUUCCGCGUCCAUUUUCGACAGCGAGCUGCGUGCGGCCCAAUUUGCCGCGCAAAAUAGGUCUUACAUCUCAUCCAAUGAGAAUACGCCGGAAAAGUUCAUUUAUUAUUUCCGUACUCGUGAACAUACUUUUCAGAGGGCAAAUUCCUUCUCCGUGAAAAAUCAUUUUCAUUGUUUCUUGAUCGCUUGUGACGUAAAUAUUCCAGUUUCUAGAGAUGGCCAAGUUUGAGUUUUGGUUUGCUGUGAACGAUAGCCAUCAAAGUUACAAAAAUAAAAAUCUU